GAAGAGAGGAUCAGCGGGGGGAGAGAAGAAUCAGCGGGGAGAGGGGAGUGAGCGUGUGUUGCAGGCGCCGGGAUGUCGUGCUACCCAGUCCGGGGUCUGCCUUUGCUGCCGGGGUACACGGUCCGCGACCCCACGAAGUCACGCUUCGGGCGGCCGCAGACCUUCAGUUACCGCAACGGCUUCGCGCUGCCGCUGGUGCCGCGGGUCGGUAUCGGCGGUGACCCGCUCCAUGUCAACCCGCUGUCCCAGGCCGAUGUGGACCAACUGGCCGACACCCGGCCCACGCUCACCUACGGACAAGCCCGGCAGGCGCCGCCCUCCGACUUCAUCCCCGGCCACGUCGCCUUCGACAAGCAGGUGCUGCGGUUCUACGGCUUCUUCAAGGAGACGGUGCGUGAGUCCCCGGCGGAGGUUUACCGUGUGCGGCGGAUCGUGCUGCUGUACCACCUGGAGGACGACAGCAUCGCCAUCAGCGAGCCGACCGUGGACAACGCGGGGCUGCCACAGGGGCCGCUCAUCGCCCGCCAGCGGCUGCCCCGGGAUGACCAGGGUCACACCUGGCACUGGCGCCACCUCAAUGUGGCCACCGACUUCACCGCCUACGGCAAGCGCUUCCGCCUCACCGGCUGUGACCGCUUCACCUGGGACUUCAUGCUGAGCCACGGCAUGGUGCCCAACUGCCCAGAGGACACCCCACCCGACCCGUACAUGGAGAGCCGCAAGGAGCCGCCGCGGGAGCACCGCACCCCAUCGGACUUCGACAAACUCAAGCAGUUCCUCACCUUUGACCGCCAGGUGCUGCGUUUCUACGCGUUGUGGGGCGAGGAUGAGGACGGGCCGGACCAGUGCCGCCGCUACAUCAUCCACUACUUCCUGGCCGACGGCUCGCUGGAGAUCCGCGAGGUCUACGAGAAGAACGACGGCAGAGACCCCUUCCCUGUGCUGGUGGGCCGGCAGCGCCUCGCCAAGAGCCUCAACUCUGCCCGCAGCCAGCUUCCCGCCGCCGUGCUGGAGGUGUCGGCGGCGGAGGUGGCUGAGUGGCUGGGCCCGCGGGACCUGGUGGUGGGCAAACACGUCACGGUGCUCGGCCGCCGCUUCUUCAUCUACGACUGCGACGCGUUCACCCGCCGCUUCUACCAGGACAACGUCCGCGGCAUCGACCUGCACCCGGUCGACAUCUCCCUGAAAGCACCCGCUCCUGAAGAGAAGUGGAUACCGCCCUACAACGGCUUUGGGUCGCUGGAGGACUCGGUGGAGAACUGCCUGUCGCUGAUCCCGAAAGCACCCAAGAAGGAUCUCAUCAAGAUGCUGGAGAACGACAAGGUCAUCUUGAGAUACGAGUGCAGGAUGGAGUCGCGGUUCCCGGAGGACCGGCAGCGCCGCUUCAUCCUGAGCUUCUACGUUGCGACCGACACCAUCAGCAUCUUCGAGCCGCCGCUGCGCAACUCGGGACGCACCGGCGGCAAGAUCCUGUCCAAGGUGAAGAUCCCCAAACCCGGCAGCACCGCCGACAAGCCUCGCUUCUACACCACCCCGGACCUGGCCAUCGGCUCCACUGUAGAAGUUAUCGGCUACCUGUUCAUCAUCACGGACGCUGACGAGUUUGUGUACAAAUACGUCGAGGAGCACGCUGCUGACCUCCCGGCCGAGACUGUGGCAUCGUUCCGGCAGAAGUCGCAGGGGCGGGCGAGGGCAGCUGCCUCCGAGGCCCGCCCGGCUGCCGCGGAGGAGACGGAUCCGUGCCCACCGGCGACGGGCGUGGGGGAAUGCCCCGUGCCCCCAGAGUGCCAGCAGCUGCUCGAAACCUCACCGCUGGCAGCACAGCUGUCCAGGAACACCUGCCUGCCCCUGCCCGGCGACAUGCUGGUGCCCAGGUACCAGAUGGAGGUGCCCACACCCCUGGACCCAGCCAAAACACCUGCUCCCCCACCGGCUGACAUCUGUGGCCCACAGCUCAUGCGCAACACACAGACUCCCCUGGGCCUUGAUGCCCGCAGUCCCCAGUACCAGGGCAAUGCCCGCAGUCCACAAUACCAGGGCGAUCCCUGCCCACCCCAGUACCAGGGAGAUCCCUGCACUCCCCAAUUCCUGGGUGAUGCCCACAGUCCGCAGUACCAGGGAAGUACCCAGAGUCCACGAUACCAGGGCGAUCCCUGCCCUACUCAGUAUCAGAGUGAUCCAUGCCCACCCCUGUACCAGGGCAAUGCCCGCAGUCCCCAGUACGCCAUCAACACCCUCACCCAGGGAAAUGGGCUCCAAUGCACCAUCCCCACUCCCCAGAGCCAGGGCAAUGAUUGUGCCCCUCCAGAGGGCUAUGCCCGCACUCCCCAGUACCAGGGAGAUAUGUGCAGCCCCCUUGGCCAACCCCGACUACCCCCCUGCUGAUCCCCACACCUUAGCACAGUCGCUCCCCGGAAUCGGAAUCGGAACCAGUGCUCCAUACUUUAAAUAAAGUGUUAA